AUGGAAUUGUGGUCUUGUGUCAACAUUUUGAUGACGCUGUUGCUGCUUUAUGUUGCUGUUGAAGACGUUGACAGUAACACCAUCAACAGACAGAAGAACAGCAACAACGUUGAUAUAGGAAACAGUACAGAAUUUGAAGACGUGGCAGACAACGGCACCGACCCCACCAACACAACGGCAUCGCCAAACCUCACAACAGAGGAAGAAAGAUUGUUUGAAAUGAGAGAAAGAAUCCAUUCAUGGAACCGCCGAUACCGUCUGCAGCGGAUCCGGGAACAGAUUCUGCGCAGUCUGGGCUGGACGGAACCUCCGAGCAUCCCGGAAGGCCUCAUCCGUAACAUUACCAACCAAUCAUACCCUUACACGUUGAUGGAGGACGAACUGGAGAACAGGGAGGAGAGCCGCUGUUUCUCUGCCUCGUGUUCUCUCCCGAGGAAUAUCGACCGCCAGUUGUGGGAGGACAACCAACUCGGAGGUUUCCGAGUCUACACGAGUCUAGCUGCGAGACAGGACACUGCCCCAACACAUCUGCGGCAAGCCAAUCUGAAUGUCUUCCUUCGACACACGAAUGGCUUCACUUGUCACGGGGAGGAGGUUCCAAUGUCAGCGAGCGGCUCCAGGUUCCUGGUGUCGGUGUACCAAUUCCUCAGACCUCUGAGAUUCCAGCGAUCUCGCAACAGAGUUUUAAACCGGAAGCGCUUGCUGGAUGCCCGGAUGGUGACAACAACGGGACCAACGUGGGUGACGUUUGACGUGAAACAGGCCGUCAUGCAGUGGUUAAGCGGCGAGCGGAACAACUUCGGUUUCGAGAUUAUUGUCAAAGAUGAAAACGAGGUGCCAUGUAACGCAAUGAAUAUGGUUGUUCCCGUCGAUUGCAAUAGUCCAGAAGAGACUGGAUGCCGGGAGGAACCAGUAGCUUUCAACCGAUUCCGCUGGAUUCAGGAGAACAUUGAAUCCAACUAUCCUUACUUAGAAAUCAUCACUACUCAAAGCCGAUUUCGUCCUCCAUUUGGUCGACUCCGUGCGAGACGUGACGUCGGAGCUACGUCGUCACCGGUCACAACUGCGGCACCAAAAAACAGCGUGAGAUCGGUCGGGAUGUGUCAAGGCACGGAAGUGAGGAUAGCCACGUGGGAGUCAAGCCCCUAUGUAAUAGCACCAUCAUCAUACACGACGCUUAUGUGUGGCGGCACCUGCGUGACGACGUUCAACGGCAUGCUGCAGAUUGUAUCGUCACGCUGUCGGCCUACUGAGUCCCGUCCCGUGAUGGGUCUUUAUUUUGACGAUUCCCAGCGAGUUUAUUAUGGAGAGCUGCCGUUCACACAAGUCUUACAGUGUGGCUGCUGAUGAAAUACUGCUGUUUCAAGUUAUUUUUCAAUUAAGAUGCCAUUUGAACACGAACAUUUCUGUCAAUGGUUUAUGCCUAAAAAAGGAACAUUUCGCCUAAGCUAUUUGACGUGUAAUAUGUGCAAGUUUUUUGAAUGUCUAUUUCUUGAAAGAUAGGGAAAUUGGAUCAAGUGGUUCAAACCGAAAUGCCAUUUGAAUGAGAAUUAUAUUAUAGUAUUUUUCAUUUUUUAUGGAAGAAUAGCUACUG